GCCCCGCGCGCGCCCCAGGAGGCGUGCCCUGCGGCUCCCAGGGCCUCGCGCCGGUUCCGCUUCCGGUGUCGCCCGGUCCCGCUUCCCCUUCCGGGCUCGCCCUCCAGCGGCCCUGUUCUUGCUCGGGCCGGUCCCGGGAUGGCUCCGAGGCUCCAGCUGGAGAAGGCGGCCUGGCGCUGGACGGAGACGGUGCCGCCCGAGGCCGUGGCGCAGGAGCACAUCGAGGCGGCCUACCGCGUCGGGCUGGAGCCCUGCCAGCGGGGCGCCUGCAGGAGAAACUGCCGGGGGAAUCCGAAUUGCCUGGUGGGGAUUGGAGAGCACGUUUGGCUGGGUGAGAUCGACGAAAACACCUUUCACAACAUCGACGACCCAAACUUUGAGAGGAGGAAAAAGAAUGCAUUUGUAGGCCUCACCAACCUGGGGGCCACUUGCUACGUCAACACUUUCCUACAGAUGUGGUUUUUAAAUCUGGAGCUCCGGCAGGCGCUCUAUCUGUGCCCGGUUGCCCGCCCUGAAUGCGUGACAGGAGAGAGCCCCGCGGGGAGCAAAGAUUACGAACCUCAGACUAUUUGUGAACACCUCCAGUACUUGUUUGCCUUGCUGCAAAACAGCAAAAGGCGGUAUAUCGAUCCAUCAGGGUUUGUUAAAGCACUUGGUUUGGACACAGGUCAGCAGCAGGACGCGCAGGAGUUUUCCAAGCUGUUCAUGUCCCUGCUGGAGGAUACCUUGUCUUCCCAGAAAAACCCGGAUGUGCGAGACAUUGUCCAGCAGCAGUUUUGCGGGGAGUACGCCUAUGUUACAGUUUGCAACCAGUGCGGCCGAGAGUCCAAACUUAUGUCCAAGUUUUAUGAGCUUGAAUUGAACAUCCAGGGCCACAAGCAGCUGUCGGACUGCAUCACGGAAUUCCUGAAGGAGGAGAAGCUGGAGGGAGACAAUCGCUACUUCUGUGAGUCCUGCCAGAGCAAACAGAAUGCCACCAGGAGGAUCCGGCUCCUCAGCCUUCCUUGCACCCUCAACCUCCAGCUCAUGCGCUUCGUGUUCGACAGGCAAACAGGGCACAAGAAGAAGCUGAACGCUUACAUCGAGUUCUCGGAACUGCUGGAUCUGGAGCCGUUCAUGGAGGACAAAGCCCGCCUCUUCGUCUACGAACUCAGCGCGAUCCUCAUCCACCGAGGGGUGAGCGCCUACUCGGGCCACUACAUCGCGCACGUGAAGGACCCCCAGACCGGGGAGUGGUACCGGUUUAACGACGAAGAGAUUGAAAAGAUGGAGGGCAAGAAGCUGCAGCUGGGUGCGGAAGAGGACCUGGAACCGUCUAAAUCUCAGAGUCGGAAGCCCAAGUGCGGGAAGGGGAUUUACCGCUCUCGGAACGCCUACAUGUUGGUCUACAGGUUGCAGUCGCGGGAGAAAACCCUGGCUGUUGAAAUCCCAGCUUUCCUGCAGGAGCUGGUGGAGCAGGACAACAGCAGGUUUGAGGAGUGGUGCCACGAAAUGGCCGAGAUGCGGAAGCAAAGCGUGGCGCGGGGCAAGGUCAAGCACGAGGAGGUGAAGGAGCUCUACCAGAAGUUGCCUGCCAAAGCUGGCUGCCCCUACGACUUUGUCUCCCUGGAGUGGCUGCAGCAGUGGCUGGAUGAGUCGACGCCCCCCAGAGCCAUCGACAACACGGCCUGCUUGUGCUCCCACGGCAAGCUGCACCCGGACAAGAUCCCCACCGUCAAGCGGGUCUCGGAGGAGGUGGCCAACGACUUCUACAAGAGAUACGGGGGAGGACCCAGGCUGACAGUGAAAGCACUUUGCAGGGACUGCGUGGUGGAGAGGUGCCGGGUGCUGCGGCUGAAGAACCGGCUCAGCGAGGACUAUAAAGCCGUCUGCAACCUCCUCAAAGCGGCGGUCAAGGGGAGCGAUGGCUUCUGGGUAGGGAAGUCGUCCCUGCGCAGCUGGCGCCAGCUGGCCCUGGAGCAGCUGGACGACUCGGAUGAAGACGCCGACCAGAGCAAUGGCAAGAUGAACGGCGAUGCCAAGGAGAGAGACGAACUGGGCGCAGAGAAGCAAGAGGAAGAGGAGCUGAAGUUUAACGAGGACAUUGUGUGCCCCCACGGCAACCUUUGUAUCUCGGAGAACGAGCGGCGGGUCGUCUGCAGGGAGGCCUGGGAAAAACUCCUGCGCUAUUUCCGCAACGCCCCAGAGUUCCCCAGCAGCAGGGACUCCUGCUCUCAGUGCAAGAUUCUGGAGCGGGAGGGGGAAGAGAAUGAGGCGCUCCGCAAAAUGAUGGCCAGCGAGCAGAAGGCCAGCCUGCCCCACCUCUUCCAGGACAAAACCCGGCCCUGCCUCAGCAGCUGGCCUGAGGAGGUGGGCGAGCUCUACGUGGUCUCCAAGUUCUUUGUGGAAGAAUGGCGGAAGUUUGUGAGGAGGCCCACGCGAUGCAGCCCUGUCUCUUCCAUUGGGAACCGGGAUCUGCUCUGCCCCCACAGCGGACUGAUGUUCACCGUUGCCUCCAUGACGAAGGAGGACUCUAAACUUAUAGCUCUGAUAUGGCCCAGCGAGUGGGAGAAGAUCCGGAAGCUUUUUGUGGUGGACCAUGCCAUCCGGGUGAUCCGGAGACAGGCCCCCGAGGAAGGCUCCGAGCGCCCACUGUACAUCACCGAACCUGAGCUGUGCCUGGACUGCAGACAAGGACUGCUGUACCAGCAGCAGAGGGACCUGCGGGAAUAUGCUCAGGCCACCAUCUACGUGCGCAAAGUGGUGGACGACAAAAAGGUCAUGAAGGAGGCUGCUCCGGAGCUGAACAUGAGCAGCUCGGAGGCUGAAGAGGAGCGCGAAGAGGCCAGGAUAGAAGGGGAGCAUGACCCAGAUUUCAACCAGGCGAACAGCAGUGCCAAGCGACAGAAGGUCUCCCACCCAAACUACAUGGCGUAUCAGAAGCAGGGCAUCCGGCGCAGCACAAGGCACAGGAGGAUCCGGGGAGAAAAGGCCCUCCUCGUCUCUGCCAACCAGACACUGAAGGACCUGAAAAUCCAGAUCAUGCACGCCUUCUCCGUAGCUCCGUUUGACCAGAACUUGUCGAUCGACGGGACGGUGCUGGCCGACGACGUGGCCACGCUGGGCAGCCUCGGCGUCACUCCCGAGUCCGUCGUUUUGCUGAAGGCCGAUGAGCCGAUCGUGGAUUACGCGGCAAUAGAUGACGUUAUGCAAGUCUGCAUUCCGGAAGAAGGCUUUAAAGGGACGGGUCUCCUCGGACACUGACCUUCGUGCAGCGAGCCGGCCACCCCUGAAGCAACCGGGACGGGAGACGGUUUGGGCCCUCUGGGAGAAGGGAACUGAAAGCCCG